AUGGCUGAAGAAGAAAAUCAAAACGAAGUGAAGGAUGAGGCUUCUGAUAUUGCACCAUUUGACCCUACAAAAAAGAAGAAAAAGAAGAAGGUCGUAAUUCAAGAUCUUUCAGAUGUUUCUGUGGAUAAUUUGGCUGAUAAAACUGAAAGUUUAUCAGUUUCUGAUGGUCUUGAGACUAGCUUUUCUGGUCUGAAAAAGAAGAAGAAGAAACCAGCGCAUACUGAUCUCCUGAAUGAUGAGAAAGAAAAUGAAGGGAAUGAUUUUGAUGAUCACAUCGGAGAGGAUGAGGAAGGAGACGGAAUUGUCUUGCAACAGCAGUUUCCAUGGGAAGGGAGUGACCGGGAUUACAAAUACGAGGAGCUUUUGGGCAGAGUAUUCAAUAUUCUUCGGGAGAAUAAUCCUGAGCUUGCAGGAGAUAGGCGUAGAACUGUUAUGAGGCCUCCACAAGUUCUUCGUGAAGGCACAAAGAAAACUGUGUUUGUGAAUCUUAUGGAUCUCUGCAAGACGAUGCAUAGACAGCCAGAGCAUGUCAUGACUUUCUUGCUGGCUGAAAUGGGGACAAGUGGCUCGCUUGAUGGACAGCAACGGUUAGUUGUCAAAGGAAGAUUUGCUCCAAAAAAUUUUGAGGGGAUCCUGCGGCGUUAUGUCAAUGAGUAUGUUAUCUGUAAUGGCUGCAAAAGUCCAGAUACAAUUCUUUCGAAGGAAAAUCGUCUCUUCUUUCUCACAUGUGAGAAGUGUGGUUCUGGGCGAUCAGUUGCUCCCAUCAAGGCUGGUUUUGUAGCUCGCGUUGGCCGUCGGAAGGCUGGAACUUGA